CACCUGGCAAUCUGUGCACAGCAUCUAAUGGCCCAGAUUCACUAUCAUCCCCUCCGUAUUCUGUUUAUCUCCUCCACUCUCUGCCUUCCAAUUCCAUUUCUCACCCUUCCUUCUAAAAAGAAAAAAAAAACACACAGUCACACAUACGCAAGAUGCAAAUUUUGUUUUUCUAGUGUUCAUCGUUUUCGUAUAUUUCUCGUUUUACAUGAUGUCGGGAAAGGGUGCACGCCCUACUUUUAGGAGGACAACGAGCAUGACAGGAAUCAGUUUUGAUGUGGCCACUUCGGAGGCAACGCCGCCGCCGCCGCCGCCUUAUCCUCAAAAUCCGAUGGCCGGCAGUGAAUUUAUGGAGGUGGAGGGUCUCCAAGGCCGUGUGAGUGAGUAUGAUCAUCUUUCAACGGCCAUGAUUUUAUCACCAAGAUACUACAACAGGAUCAGUUCAACAUUUGAUUCCAAUACAGAAACAGCUCCUUUCCUGAGAACCUGCGGCCUCUGUAAUCGUCGUUUGGCACCUGGUCGUGACAUAUAUAUGUAUAGGGGUGAUAAAGCAUUUUGUAGUCAAGAAUGUAGAGAACAACAAAUGAAACAAGAUGAAAGAAAAGAGCGACGAAGUAUGGCGGUUCCCAGCGACGGUGAAAGUCAUAACCACCGCACUGAAGUGGGUGCAGCCGCCGCUGAGACAACCGAAAAAAUUAAGACUGUGGCAGCAGCUUAAUUACAAUCUAAUAAUCUUCUGGAAUAUAUUAUAUUUUCUGUAAAACAAUUUUAACCAAGCAAGUUGCACGAGUGCAAUAUUUCAUGUGGAUAUAGAAUUUUCAACUGUAGUUGGUGUCAAUUUGAAUGGUUGUUUGGUAAGAUUAUUGUUUUGGAGAUACAAGAUUGAAUGUGUUAAGGUAGAAUAUCAACUACUAGUUGGAAUCGAGUCAUGCCUAGAGAUACCUCCUAUAAGAGGGUGUGGGUAGUUUUGAGUUGUGAUCAUUUGAUACUUUGAAAUAUGUUUCGUAACAUGCA